AAAGAGAUUCCCCUAGAGAUGGUGAGGGGAAGACGAGGCUGUGGACGUUUGUCUCACGCACACAUUUCUCUUAACAAUAGCAGCACAUUUCAGACUGGAUUUUAGGCCGUCCCUAAAAUAUUCAUCGCAGCCCGUGAGUCAGAGGCGAAUAUUUGCAGUUGUCAGUUCAAGGCUAAAAAGAGUGUUUUGCUUUCAGUAAUAUUUAACUGGCUACUUUUGGCCACAUCCCACAGAGCCUGAGAAAGUGCUACUGAGUUGACUGUGGAGAUUGUGAUCUCUGUUCAGUCUGGAAUACUGUAAAACUCAUCCUGGAUUACUGAAGAACAAUGGCCUGACUGUAUCUCUGACAAUAUGCACAUCCACAUCCUCCAGCUGUGUGUCAUCCAAGCUGCAGCCUCUUAUAUCUAUCUAGAACCCAGGAACGUGAGCGUGUUGCGAGGCAGCGAGGUCCGCUUUAACUGCAGCACCACUGAAUCCUGGGACGUCAUGAAUUGGCGGUUGGGCGAAGACACAAUACUGGUCAUUUCUGUGGAUCAUGGUCUUCUGUCCAGAUCUGAGAGCGUCUCCACAGUCAAUCACUCCAUGACCUCUCUGACAGUGUGGGAGUUAAUCCUGAGCAACUCUUCGUUCAGUCAAACAGUCCAGGAGAUCAGAUGCGAACUGCUUCCUAAAAAUCUCAAAUCAUCAUCGGCCCUGUUUGUACAAGAAAAAGGAUGUGUCAGGAUUUUGGAGGGUGACCUGUCAGUUCAACAGGGAGUGUUUGUCACCUUCCAUUGCCAAGCUAUUGGUUGGUAUCCGGAGCCUUCGGUGUUGUGGAUGGUCAAUGGCACCAGCGUGGACAGAGGCGACUACAACACCAGCAGUAUUCAAGGAACCAACGACCUGUUUAACUCCACCAGUGAGCUUAAGUUAGAAGCAGACACCAGCACCACAGUCGAGUGUUGGGCAUCUGUGUCUGCUCCUCUGUCUCGGCAAAACAGCAGUGUCAAAUUUACUGUAGUGUCACCAAAACCCACACAGGACUACACAGUUGUGAUCGCUGUAAUAGUGUCGGUGUGUACAAUCAUUCUGCUGGCAGUUCUCAUCCUGAUCCUCUGCUACAGAAAAAAACUGACGAAAUCAAGCUCUGAAAAUAAAGCCAGCUCUUACUCUUCAUGGACUGACAAUUUAAGCAGUGAGAGGAGGUCUGUUGCUGAUGAAACCAGUGGAAAAGUGAAUCUAGGAUACCACACUGAAGACAUAACAAGUUCCUGAUAUUGUCAUUUUCAGCUCUCAAAACCAGGAGGAUGAAGACUUUUCUAACCUUUACUCCAAUAGCGCAAAGAAGACAGUCCGCCAGGUCACCACAGUCUGACCUCUGGGUCAAACACACGUUAGCCACUUACUGCAAGAAUAGUGGAUUACAUGCCGUUUUUUAGGCCAGUGUUUUGCCACAAAGUCGUCACCUUGAUAUUAUAAGUUUCUAUCUGCGUUCUGAAUGAUUUUGAGAUGUCAAGUUUAAAGUUUUUGCAUUCCAUGUAGCAAACAGUAUG